ACUAAAAACCCGACCUCAGCCAGAAAAAACGAAAGCACGAAGACAAGUUUCCUCACCACAACCACAAAUUAUCAACUCUAUCUCCACGUCGCAUCGCACCUUUUUUUUGUCUUCAGUGGCCACCAUGACCAGCCCCGCUCCUUCCACCACCUCGAACGAGGGCUCCAGGCCCAAGCAUACCGAGCAGAUCACCUUCCGUUUCUGCUCUGAAUGCAGCAACAUGUUGUACCCCAAGGAAGACGAGGACAGCCACAAGCUGCAGUUCACCUGCCGCACCUGCCAGUACACCGAAGAAGCGACGUCGACCUGCAUCUACCGAAAUGUCCUCAACAACGCUGUUGGAGAGACUGCCGGCGUGACCCAAGAUGUCUCGUCUGAUCCAACGCUCCCGCGGUCCAACAAGAUCUGUCCGGUGUGCAAACACCCCGAGGCCGUCUUCUUCCAGUCACAGCAACGGAGUGCUGAAACAGGAAUGAAACUUUUCUACGUCUGUUGUGAUUGCGGAAACAUCUUCCAAUAAGCGAAUACCCCCGAUACCCACGUUUGCGUUGUCUUGCGAAGGGUUAGCAUGGAAAGGAGUUUGGGCGUGGCUGGCUUGGUUUCGUAAAGGGUAGUAGUAUACUCUGUAUUUGGCGUUUCGGAUUAGAUAUCGGAGUUCUCAAUGUCAAUUCAUCGUCAAUGCC